CUUCUUGAAAACUUCCUGUGCCUUCUUUAUUACCAACCAGUCAGAUAUAUUGGUUAAAGUCCAAACUCUGAAGAAGCCACCGAAAACUCGUGUGCAUUCAAUUGGUAGAAAAUUAAAGACGAAAAAAACCUUUUUUAUUCGAGUUCUCUGCUUGUUUGUUCUUCCAUUUCUCUGAUUAUUGGCGGAUUUUCAGCGUAUUUGUUAGAUUUUCUUCUUCUGAUGCCUUGCAGAUAAGUUAAAGAAAUGGGAAUUGGAUUAGAGGAACUUAGAAGUUGAAAUUUGGAGUUACUUAUGGGGAAUUUUGAUUGAUUGAAAGAAGGUGUAUGAGUGGGGAGGAAGUUUUGUUCUGUUCUUGAUUUCUUAUUGGUGUUUCUGGGAAUUUGGUUUGAGUUUCUUGGAGUUGGGCAUGAUGAAUGUAGUGGGGAGAGUUGGUAAUUUAAUCACUCAAGGUGUUUUAGCAAUUGCUGUCCCUUUCCAUCCAUUUGGAGGAGCCAUUGAUGUAAUUGUGGUUCAGCAGCGAGAUGGAACUUUUCGGAGCACGCCGUGGCACGUUCAAUUUGGUAAGUUUCAGGGCGUGCUCAAGGGUGCGGAGAAGGUUCGUAUAACUGUUAAUGGCGUCGAGGCUGAUUUUCAUAUGUAUCUUGAUAGUUCGGGCGAGGCCUAUUUUACAAGAGAAGUUGAUUCGAGCAAAGGAAGUGAUGGUAAUAUGAAUGAUUCGAUUUUAGAUGAUAGGACGAAUGGUGAUUGCAAGAAUAAUGGAAACCAGGAUGUUCUUGACUCUUGUAUACAAGAACAUGGUACGGAUGAUUCCGGUGUGCAAAUGCAAGACGAACCGAGUACAUUGUACUCUGAAAGAAACGAGAUGGCAGAAUCUGGUGGCGAGAGGAUAUUUUGUUUCCAAGAUGAACAGUCUCCAUUAGACGAUUUGGUUGAGAUUUCAGAUGAUAGGUCAAAUCAAUGUACAAAUAUAGAAAUUGUAAAAUCACACAAUGAGAAGUCGGAAGUCAUUUCAGGGAGUGUGGAUGGUCAUGCACCAACUUAUUUCUUAGCCUCAAAAAAGGUUACGGAGAAAAUGCAAUUAAAUCCACUUCAAAAUCAACAUGCUCUUGGUAAUAGGAUGGAUUUUAGUGAAGGUAAUGAGAAGUUCGAUUAUGGGGAUGAUCCUCGGCCUUGUAAUUGUAAUAAUCUUAAUGCAUCCAAAAGUGAUGUUGAUUUAUAUAACAUUUGCAGUGCCAACAAUGAUACUGACGAUAUCGAGUACCAGCUGGAAGUUUGUGAAGGAGAUGACGAACAUGUUUUUCAUUCAAAAAACCAGGUGGAUAUCACUGGUGGAGGCAAUAUGGAUUGGGUUUCUAACUCCUGUAUGGAACUAGCAGAACGUGGUCAAUUCAAUUCAGAAAAUGUCACAUUAUCAUUGGCAGCUGAUACUUCCGAAGCCAAAGGCAAUGAAAAUCCUCCAAGAGUUGAAACUGUAAAAGAGCGUGCUGUUGCAUUCAUCAACAAUGAGUUAUCACAACUAAGUGGUUGUGAUUCCUUGAGCACCUGUUCAUCUCCAGAUUUACCUGUUACAGGCAUCCCAGCUGAGAAGCUGACAAACUCAAAAAAUAUGGAUCAAACUGACCCAUCAUUUUAUUUUGACAGUGAUCACAUACAAUUGAAGAUUGAUCAUGAAGGUGGAGAACUAGAAAGAUCUGUGCUCAAGAAUGAAUAUGAACGUGAGCUUCCAAAAUCUUGCUCAUCGAAGGAAAGGACAGAUGGUGCCCAACCCAUGAAGUUUGAAAUUUCACUUUGUGGAAGUAAACUUUGUUCGGGUAUGGGAUUGAGCGCUGCGGCUGAAGCAUUUGAUGCUCAUCGCGUAUCUGCUCAGGAAUUUGGAAGCUCUGCCACAUCAAUUAUACGGAAUGAAAAUCUAGUAAUUCGAUCUCGAGGGAGGUACUGGCAUUGGGAUAAAGUGGCUCCAGUAGUGCUGGGAAUGGCAGCAUUUGGAAUGGAUUUACCUGUGGAUACCAAGGAUUCGAUUCCCGUGGAACAAGAUGACUCAACUAGGCCUGAAAACGAGGAAGCUGAGAAUAUCUCCACUCCAUCUGGAAAUAGAUGGAGACUUUGGUCUACUCCAUUUCGGAGGGUUAAAAAAAAUGAGCUCAACGGCGAUGACACAUCUAACGAGGAGGUGUUUCUUGACACAGAAUCUGAGUUCCCGAGUCCAACUCUAACAUCCCAAUGUGACAUCGAUACUCCUCGCAAGCAAAUUUCAAGGACAUAUAUUCCAACUACUGAGCAGAUAGCAUCUUUGAAUUUAAAAGAAGGUCAAAAUAGGAUCAAAUUCACCUUUCCUACAAAGGUUCUUGGAGUGCAAAAGGUUGAUGCUCAUAUUUACUUGUGGAAGUGGAAUGCACGAAUUGUAAUUUCAGAUGUCGACGGGACGAUAACCAAAUCUGAUGUCUUAGGCCAAUUCAUGCCUUUGGUUGGAAUGGACUGGACACAAUCUGGGGUCGCUAGACUUUUCUCGGCUAUUAAGGAUAAUGGAUAUCAGCUACUAUUUUUGAGUGCCCGUGCAAUCGUUCAGGCCUAUUUGACACGAAGUUUUUUGCUCAACCUAAAACAGGAUGGAGAAGCUUUACCUGAUGGCCCGGUUGUUAUUUCUCCAGAUGGACUAUUUCCUUCAUUGUACCGUGAAGUAAUUAGAAGAACCCCUCACGAAUUUAAGAUUGCCUGUUUAGAGGAGAUUAGAAGACUUUUCCCUUCUGAUCAUAACCCGUUCUAUGCGGGCUUCGGUAACCGAGAUACCGACGAGCUAAGUUACAUGAAGAUGGGGAUCCCAAAAGGCAAAAUAUUUAUAAUCAAUCCUAAGGGAGAGGUGAUGAACAGUUAUAGCAACAAUGCGAAAUCAUAUACGUCCUUGCUCGCACUCGUCAAUGAAAUAUUUCCACCGGCCUUGUCAGUCGAACAGGAAGAUUUCAAUGAGUGGAACUACUGGAAAAUGCCUUUACCUGAGGUUGAUUAGCAGCACCAGCUACAUUAGUUAGGAAAUAUGAGAUAAAAAAAUUUCUUUAACCACAAGAAAACUUUGUUAAGCUUGUUAUGGUAGAAGUUUGCAUCUUUGCCCAAAAAAUGUUAAUAGAACAUUUGGGUAAUGUUAAGAUUAAUCAAUCAAAAUCACAUAAAUAUAUAUCUUAGAGUUCAAUAUUUUGUUUCUGUAUAAAGUUUAUUUAUAGUGAAUAUUGUCAUAUUUGUUGUAACUUAAAAACAUUUAUAAAUCUGAUUAUUCUUUUACCCUAAA